AUGGCUGAAAUAUUGAACGAAUCUACUGAACAAACAACUUCAAAUGAUAGUAAUCGUAUUCUAGAAGAUUCUUCAUCCGACGAAAAUUCACCUCGAACUCCAGUCAAGGAUGAAAAUGGCCUAGUCAAACAACAACGACCUGAUUUAACGAACAGUAUACUUUUUCAUGGUGUUACCUAUCUUGGAUCAGCUAGUAUUAAUGCUCCUCGAUCUGAAGAGGAACUCAAUAGAAACAUGGCAAUAUUGAACGAACAGAGUAAAAUGUCUAUCGAAGUCACAUUAUGUGUUCCUGACAAUGCGACUGGCGUUGUUCGAUUACUUGAUCCUCAAACCGAACAAGAAAUCAUAUCCUAUCGUAUAUCUCAAAUCCUCUUUUGCGCACGUGGACCAUCGAAUACACCGUUAACCUAUUGCUGGGCAUUCACGACAUCACGUGUAUCAACAUCCACCAAUGGUUCUAUACAAGCAAAUGAAAAUGGCAAAGUUCAGCAAGAACUCCUCUAUCAAUGUCAAGUCUUUCGCUGUGAUCUGCAAGAAGCGAUUUAUAAAAUUUUACUCAGUUUUGCCAAUGCUUUUCGACGUCCAAAUCCAUCUGCAAGUAACAUUCAAACAUCAGCACAAUCGAAUCAACCAGCACCAUCGCUGUCUCGUCGAACAACAUCGUUAUUCGGUCAAGCAAUUCAGGCAACUGUUGGUCAAUUACAGCAGUCCUCAUCGAACUCGAAUCAGUCAUCGAAUAAUCAACAACAAACUGCACAAAAACCAUCCGAUGGAACGAUUAAAUUCCGAAGUUAUUUUGAUAUUAAAGAAGAAACUAUCGAUAGUAAAGGGAGUAUCAGUUUUACUUCUGUGCCAAGGCCAGAAAAAAAUGUUUUUCGUUUACGAAAAGAUGCUCGUAAGAAUGUUACAGUUGCUCUUCAACAAAUUCGUGGAUAUCCAUUAACUAUUGAAAGGUGUUUCGGUAUGCUUCUUGCUCAAGGAAGGAACGUUCGUGCAAGCGAUAUGCAAUUACUCGAUUUAGAAUCGAUGGGUAAAUCAGAAGACGGUCGAUACUACAUGGUACGAGGAAAUUGGGAACCACUAGCUCGUGGAUUCAAGGAAUUAACACAUCUUAACGAAGAAACACCGAAAGGAGCUCGUGUGUUUUUAACAAUCGCUCUCGAUCUUGUCAUCAGUGGCAUUCACGAACCGGUUCGAUUUUUGAUUGAAGCAAAAGCUCGUGUGUGCGUCGCAAAUAGUAAAGGAGAUAUUCUAUCGCAAGAUAUCAGUGAUACGAUUUGGUCAUCGUUUAAAAAACUAUCGCCAUUUACCGAAGAAUUCGAUAUGAUUCUAAAAGAGGUCUCGUCGAAGAAUGUGUCACAAGAUGAUACGUAUGAAGUCAUUCUCUUAGAAAGCCAAUCGGAAGCCGAACGACGAGCAAAAUUACGACAAACAGCUGCCGCUGCAGCAGAAGACGAUGAUGAUGAACCAAUGGUAAGUGGUUUUGGCCAUGUAAGCAAAGAAUGUGAUGAGGAAGUACUUGGCAAUUGGAGUGACAUAUUAUCAAAAUGGAGGAAGAACUACGCUGAACGACCUCGUGGUUUACAGUCACUUGUACGAAAAGGUGUUCCGGAAGCGUUACGUGGCGAAGUAUGGCAACUCUUGGCGGGCAGCCAUGGUGGUGAAAAUGAAAUGAUUAAUACAUAUCGUUUGUUACUGACCAAAGAAUCAGCCAGUGAACGUGUAAUUCUGAAUGAUUUGAAUCGAACAUUUCCUGCUCAUGAAUAUUUCAAAGAUGCAGGCGGUGUUGGCCAAGAAGCUCUUUACAAACUAAGUCGAGCGUAUUCCGUGCGCGAUGAAGAGGUUGGAUAUUGUCAAGGUUUGUCAUUCGUUAUCGCGACAUUACUUAUUCACAUGCCAGAAGAACAAGCAUUUAUGCUCUUGUGUCAAUUAAUGGAAGAUCAACGAUAUUUACUGCGUGAAAUGUACAAAGCUAAUUUCGAAAAUCUGCAAUUGAAUGUCAUAUUCUUUCGUAUUAUGGAUAUAUUUCUAUACGAAGGAUUCAAUGCGCUGUUUGGUGUUGCUUUGGCUUUGUUGAAGGGUUGCCAAAAGGAUUUGUUAUCACUCGAUUUCGAAGGUGUGAUGCGAUUUUUUCGCGUUAACUUACCGAAAAAAUACCGGAGCGAAGAUCAUGCUGAUGAGCUAAUUCAAACAGCAUGUUCCAUGAAAAUUAAUGUGAAAAAACUCAAACGAUAUGAAAAGGAAUAUCUUACACGUCGUGCGGAAGAGGAACAAAGUGAAUUUCCAUUACAACGUCUGGAGUCUGAUAAUAAACGCUUAACGGAAAUAUGCAUGCGUUCGGAAUUGGAGAAUGAAAUGCUUGCAUUGGAAUUAGUCAAUGAUCGGGUCAAAUUAAAGAGUAAUCUUGACGAAGCAGAAGACCAUGUCGAGACGUUAACAAGAGAAUUACAAGCAACUCGAACAAUUGUACGAGACAGCGAACAACAUGCUAUUCGUUUGAAUGAAGAAUUAGAGAAUAUUCGAGAUGCGUUUCGACGUACAUGUGAUGAACUUCAACAAACACAAAAGAUUGUUUCAGAUUACAAACAGAUUUGCUCACAAUUGAAUAAUCAAUUGGAUAAACAAAAGGAGAAGUAUCAAGCUAAAAUCGAAGCUUGUCAAUCUCGCUGUUGUGAGUCAUGUAAACCAAUUAUCAACAGUAUUGUUUCUCCACCCUCAAGUCUUGCUUCAACUCCCGAGAGAGAAAUUGUCAAUAACGACGAGGAUGAUUUACCCCCGAUCUCUUCCAUUUCACCAUCUGUUGCCGAUCGUUUACGUCAAGUCGAAAUCGAAUUAGCUGAAAAGAAACUCGCGCUCACACAAGCUCUUUGUGAAAAUCAAGAACUUGUCCAUCAACUUCGCCACUCAUCGUCGAUGGCAAGCGAUUCAGACACGAAUUCGUUAGUUGGUUGUCGAAAACGAUCAGUUAUGCUGCCGUAUCCGUUCGACUUUCAUUUCACAUCGGCAAUUGUCAGUCGAGUGCCAGCAAGUUUGAAAGACGCAGCACUUUGUCAACGAGAUAUUCGCGAAGUGAUCAAUAUCGAUAAAGCACGAAAACAACAUCAAGAUUAUAUUGCCAUUCUGAGAAAACUUGGUUUGGAUGUAAUUGAACUACCUGCGGAUGAAUCGUUACCGGAAGGUGUUUUUGUUGACGAUACAGCAGUGAUCUGUGAUGGAAUCGCUCUGAUAUGUCGACCUAGUGCGCAUGGACGAUCGAAAGAAGUUGAUAUUAUUCGAACGAUUCUCAGACGAGAAGGUCUUCAUAUUGUCGAUAUCAAAGACUUGUCAGCGACGAUUGAUGGAAGUGAUGUUCUAUUCACUGGUCGCGAGUUUUUUGUUGGUUUAUCAAAAACAACGAAUUUGUCUGGAGCAAAGGCAGUAGCAUCUGCAUUUCCUGAAUAUCCAGUGACUCUACUCAGGGUAAAAAAAGGUGCGCAUUUGAAAAACUAUGUCUCAAUCGUUGGAAUGGACACGAUGGCAAUCGGUGGAUCAGAUAUUGCGAAAGAUUUACUUCGUCAAAUGGAAGAAAUGAGUGAAUAUAAAUCGUACAAGAUAAUCACACUUCCAGAUGAUACAGCGGCGAAUUGUUUAUGGAUCAAUGAUACUGUUUUUCAUCUACCUGCUGAUCAACGAUACGGAGAAAGUAUUCGAAUUUUAACCAAUCGACUUGGUCCGAGUGUAUCUCAUGUCGAUGUCUUCUCUUCAAUCGACCGUCUUGAUAACAAAUCAAAUCAUUAA